AUGGGCAACGAGAAUGCGAGCGUGUCCUGUGUCAUUCUACAAAUCAAAGAGGCGAUUUUGACGCGUACCUUACCGCCCUUGCACCCCGAGAAUGCGCCGGCCAAUGUACGGCGAUCUGGUCCGCUGGAGCCCUUGCCUACAGGCUGUUGUCCAGCUCACCAGCCGGGCCGCAGGGUGGCCCCCCUGGAGCAGCUCCUGCGGCCACAGCCCCGUGCGCUGCUGGAGGCGGUGCUGCAGGCCGCGUUGGCAAGGCUGACCGAGUGCCUUGGUCAGUGCACUGGGACCCGCAGCGACGCAGACCACCGCCGCGAUGCCCUGGCGCUGUGCAGCUGGCUACAGCGCUUCGCCGCCCUGACGCCUCUGCGGCCAACCAUGAGCAACAUGCUGCGACGGCCGCUGCAGCAGCGACAGACGUCACCGCUGCAACAGCAGCUUCCAUCAUCACCACCGCCGCCGCCGCCGUCAUUACAGCAAGGCCAGGGCCAUCCGGCUGGGCGGCAACAGCAACAGCAACAGGAGCACCAGGAGCUGGUACAGGAGUUUUCGGAGGUGCUUCGAGAGCAGCAGGAGCGCAUCCAGGGGCAGAUGGAGCGGCUGCAGAGGCUGCAGCAGCAGCAGGAGCAGCAGCUACAGCGGCUACGGGAGCUGCAACGGGCGCUGGGUGCAGUUGCGCAGGGCGGCGCGCCGUCAGAAGAAUCUACAAGGGCCGCUGAUGCCGGUGCCGAUGCUGUCGCUGAUGCUACGGCGGCCGCCCCGAGCAUGUCAGCAGGAGCAGCUGCACCCUCAUCUGCCGCCCCCGCGCCAUAUGCGGACCAUGGGGCUGCCUCGUCCGCCGCCUCCGCACCCGCGGCACCGCCGGUGUCCAUGACACAGGCGGCGCCGUCGUUGCCGGUCACGGAAGCGUAUGCAGCUCAGGCUCAGGAGGUCCUGGCUCGACUGCCGCCGCCUCCCCCGCUUCAUUCAUCCGUGCCGCAGGGCGCCAGCCCGGAGCCUGCUGCGGUCCAGGACUGCCUGCUACGCCGCUGGGUUCUCGCUCUUCGCUGGAUGCACCCGGAGCCCCUCCACCACCUCACCUCACUGCUGCUCCUGCUGCUGUACGACCCGGGCUUCAAGUACGACACUGCCGUAUACCUCAUGGAGUGCUACGUGCCCAUGCUGUCCGCCAUCGGCGGGCUCACAGCCUCAGGUGUCGCAGGGGCUCAGGGCUCUGCAGGUGGCGGUGGUGGUGGCGGCUCCGCAGGUCGUCACCCGCUGUGUAAUGUACUGGACCGGGUGGUGGUGCAGGUGUUCAACUCGGAGGAGGUUACGGUCAGACUGGUUUCGGAGCAGCGGGUGAUGGAGAUCCACUUGUCGGCGCUUGGCUACUUGACGGGGGCAUUUGUGGACGAGCUGGCCAGGGGCGCUCUGACAGCCCCGGCCAGGGAGGUGGGCAGCCGGGGCCAGUGGGAGGAGUGGGAGGCAGAGGCGGAGUCGGAGCAGCGACUAAGUGCCAUGCUGGAUGCCAUGAGGCGUCUGGCGUCGGACUUCUCCACCCUGGUCUACCACGUCCCCGCAGCCCACUACCUGCUGUCCAGUGGGGAGCUGUGGGGGGAGGCCUUCCUGGGCAGGUUCGUGAGGCCACUGCAGGCCAUGCUUCAUCAACGCCGCAAGGCGUCUGGUGAUGUUGAGGACGGGGCCGCCUUCCGAGUGCCUCUGGCCUGCUCAGCAGAAUUCGUGGUCACGGCGUGUGUCUCAGAACUGCUCACCACCAUGGCGGGAUUGAGGCCGGGGGGGGCGGCGGCGGCGGCGGCGGCACGCAACAGCGGUGGUGGUGGCCAUGGCGGCCGCGCGGCAGAAGGGGUUGAAGCCGGCAGCAGCAGUAGCGGGGGGGGAUCAGAGGAGGAACGUGUACGGCGAGUGGAGCUGCUGUACGGAGCAGCCAGACAAGCUAUCGAGGCGUGUGAGGAGUGGUGCAGCGACCGCCUGGCGCGCAGUGCUGCUAGUGCGGCACCUGCGCUGCCAUCGGCACCGGGCACAGCAUCCGCCGGAGGAGGAGGAGGUGGCGGCACGGGGCCCGGGUCUGGAUCCGCUCCCUCGCCCCGGCGGCUGUCAGUGGCCGGUGACCUGUACGAUGGGCUAAUGGCGGGGGAGCUUGAGGUAUCUCCACACCUGCCCCUGCACCGCACCGCGGCGGCCUUUGUGCAGGCGCUGUUGCAUCAGGAGCAGCUGGGUGGACCCACGGGUCGGUUAGCUCAGUCGCGUGUGGAGCAGCUGCUCGCUCUGACGGCCAGUUUGGAUGAGGGCAGCGCAUGGAGGCCCCUUAGCCGCUUCCUGCUGCUGGGCCAGGCCUUUGUCAGUCAGAUCAUUGCCCGCAAGUGGCCUCGCAACGGUGACGAAGUCUCCCAGGUGGAGCUGUUCGUGCUGAAUUGCCGAGAGGUCAUUGACCUGGAUUGCUGGAUGGCGGUAGAGGACCCCGACGUCGCGCUGUACGACGCGCUGGCCGCCAUGGGCGCCAAGCCGCUCCUCGCGGCCGCAGGGGUAUCCGACCCUGGCGUCCCGGAAGCUGGCUCGGCGGGUGCGGCCCCCUCCCCUUCUGGCCUGUCUGACCCGGCCUCCUCCUUCGCCUGCUGUGAGGCGCUGCGGUGGCUGGUGUCCAUCCUGCGGGAGAGGAGCGUGGCAGGACUGGAGCCCAGGGAGCGACUCAGGAACACACUGGUGCAGUGGUUGGCCCUCCGCGACUGGACCUACAACCAGCUUCACGACCUGCUGCCCCAGGACCUGCAGCAUCAGCCGCACAUGGAACAGGUGUUGGCCGAGGUCGCCACCUACCGAGCCGCCAGCCUGUCCCAGGCCCGGCAGUACUCUCUGAGACGGGAGGCCUGGGGGCUGUUCUCCCCCUCCUUCAUACACUAUACACACUCCAUGCGGUCGCGUGCCUGGGAGGCGGCCAUGACGGCGGCCAGAGCAAGUGGUGGUGGUGGUGGUGGUGGUGGAGGUGUGGCUUACCAGCCGCACUGGCAGCUACGGCCGCCGCGACACCCCCUGCCUGCUUCUCUGGAGCCCAUGCAGCGGGUGCUGGAGGCCAAGGGGCUGUGGCGCUUGGUGACGUAUGUAUUGCAGGUGGAGGCUGGUGGCGACCUGGGGUGUGGGUCUGUCUACCUAAGAGGCGUCCCCCGGCUGCCCGAGGACGCCCUGCUGGGGGCCCUCAACCUGCUGGCCCUGCAGCUGCACAGGUUGGAGGACCUCAUGGGCCGACUGGGCCACAACAGCCACCCCGGCCAACGACGGCAUCAGCAUCAGCACCAGCACCAGCACCAGCACCAGCACCAGCACCAGCACCAGCACCAGCACCAGCACCAGCACCAGCCAGCCAGCCAGGGCCAGCAGAAGCAGCAGGGGUUACAGUCAAUGCUGCCAAGCCAGGGUGAGGAACUGUCGCGGGUUCGCACCUCCGUCCUGACCGGUGUAGCGGCCCUCGCGGGCGGAGCUUGUUCAGCUGUCGUCAGCUCCUCCGCCCGCGGAAACCACAGCCACCAGCACCACCCUAGCCGUGCGCACCGGCCGACCGACGGGGCCGUCGCUCCCUCUUCCUGCGCCACGUCCUCGGGAACUGUGGGCAUCUUCCGCUUGCUGGAGGCGCUGUUGCAGUCCCAGACACCGCCGGGGCCCGAGCAGCGCAGCCGGGCGGCGGGAGCGAUAGGGCCAGCGGCGGGAGCUGGGACGGUGUUGGUACACCUACUUAGCUCUGAGGCGAUUGACUGCUUGCAAUGGUUGCAACAGGUCGCCUGGCGGCUAUUGCAGGUCGCCGAGGCCGCGGACUUAUUGGGCGCACCCGCGCCGACGCUGAAGGAUGACGCCGCGACUGCCGCGACGGGAAAUGUGGCGUCAGCGGCGACGGCGGCGGCGGACUUGGGCGUGCCCGCUGCCGCUGACAGUGGCGAGAAUGCUGUAGGAGAGGCCGCCGCAGGGUCUGCUACGGCGGCCGAGAAUGAGGUAGCGCGGCGGAGGGAGCUGGCGCGGCAGCGGCAGGCCGCUAUGAUGGCCAAGCUGCGCGCACAGCAGGAGGCGUUCCUGAGGCAGGCCACGGGGCAGGGAGCGGGAGCGAUGAACAGCAGCGACGAAGAAGACGAUGAACAUGAAGAGCAGGAGGACAGUGCUGCCGAGAAGGUAACCCACAGCAGCGAGGAGGAAGGGCAGGAAGAGAGCACAGAAGAAGAAGAAGAAGAAGAGGAGGAUGUUGACUGGGGAAGGGCCGGGCCGAGCGACGGCGGUGGCGGCGGCAGCCGGGCCACCGCUGCCGGCGGCGUAGAUUUGGACGAGAGAGGUAGCAUGUCCGGCCAGGAGAACCAUCCGGAAGGGGACGACGGCGACGAAAAUGAAAGAGGUGACAGCAGCGGCAACCGCCGCCGCACCCGCCGCCGAAGGUCGCCUGGCGCCGCUGCCGACGGCUCCUCGCAGCGUCAGGCCGCAACAGCAGUUGCCGCUGCCGCCGCACAGCAGCAGCUGCCGCUGGGCCGCUGGCUUCCCGUGCAGUCCCCGGAUCACGAGUGCGCCGUCUGCAGGGAGGGCUCCACUUCCAGCCGACAUGGCCCGCUGGCCUUUAUCGCCCACACGGCCGUCUGCUUCUGUACGGCUGCACCGCUGCGACCAGCUCGCGGAUGGGACGACGAUCUGGUCAUGCAUGGCUUUGGAGCGCCCGGCGGCGGCGGCGGCGGUGCUGGUACGUCGGCGGCGGCAUUUGGGUCGGCACCUCCGGCGCCUUCAGACCGCCAAGCCUCAGCUGAUUACACGCGGAUUGGUCUUGGUGGUGGUGGAGUUGCGGCCCUGCCCCACCCUAGCGUGUCGGCGCGGGAGUUACGGUCGCGGUUGUGGCGGCAUUACGGUCCCUGGGUCAGCGAGGCUGACGUGGGCGGGGGCCCCCAUGUGCACUGCUGCGGCCACAUGAUCCACGUGCACUGCUUCGCCCGCUUCGUGGCUGGUCAGCUGCGGCAGUACCUGGCUGGGAACCACUUCCCCGGCUCUCACCUGGUGAUGCCCGAGCUGUCCGAGUUCCUCUGCCCCGUGUGCCGCCGAUUGGCCAACGGAAUUGUGCCGGCGGCGCCAUUCCAGUGGAGACAGCCAACGGCAGCGGCACCAGCGCAGCCGGCCACAGAGGCGGUGGGGCUCAGCUGGUCUGGUCCCCGCCUCGACCUCGCCACUGUUCUCGGCUCCGGUGCGGGUCUGUCUGGAGCGUCCAGUCACCCCACCGACAUGUGCGGCCCGGGCCUGGACUUGGCGAGCAAUGGCGGCGGCGGCGAGGCGGGAGGAGAUGACAUGGAUACGGGCGGCAGCAUGAACGAGAUCUUCCGGGCGGCAGCAGCAGCAGCAGCGACGGCGCCCUCGCGGAUGAAAAGCAAGUGGGGGCAGCGAGACGGGCAGCACGCCGCAUGUGUGUCUCUCUCGGCCGGCGCGGCGCCUGCGUUUGCGCUGGCGCAGCCGCCGGCGGGCGCAGACGUUUUACCACCUGGACCUGAGGCUAUCCAGGUUGCUGGCACUAGGCCCAGUGCUGCUGCCUCACAGGCGCCGCUGAUGCCCCCCAGGGGUCUGGGUUCGCUGCAGGGGCUGAUGGACUCCCUGGAGCUGUGUGCGAGGACGGCAGCAGAAGCGGCGGUGGCGGUGCCGAGGGCGGAGAGGCUGGCUAGGGCGCCGGGCGGGACUCAGGUCCGGGAGCCGGCUGUGGUUGCGGGUCUAAAUCCGGGCUCAGAAACUGGCCCGAGUUUGGGGCUGGGCGGCCGUGGUUGCAUGUUUGAGCGCACGUUUGGGUUGUACGGCGAGGUGGUCAACUUGGCAACGCACCAGAUGACCCGCGAGGGUGUCAAUCACACGGGGCAGCUGGAGAGAGCACUGGAGGCUCGGGCGCGACUCAUGAAGUUCCGGAACAUGCUCAGCCCUGCCCCGGCCACCCCACUCGCCCCGGCCCCGGGACCCUCCGCACCACAGGCAACAGCACCGCCGCAGCCCACCGCCGUCAACACUCCUACUGCUACAGGGCAACAAGGUCCCCAGCCACAGUGGCAGACGCAUGAACCAGCAGCAGCAGCGGCGCAGCUGGCAGCCAGCCAUCCGCCUGUAGCGCUGUCCCCAACCGCUGCAGACGCGCUCGGAGGGGGGGUAGGUCCCGCAGCCGACGCCACGACGGCAGCUGCUGCGGUCAACAUCUCGUCACAGCCCUCCCCCAGUCUAUUUCCAGGCCUGUCCGUCAGCCGCGGCACCAGUCGCAGCAGCUACAGCCAAGCGACUGGGUCGGCGCUAGCGGCGCUGCGGCUCGCGUCGCCAGCCGAGCCGCCCCUGGUUAUGAGCUGUCACCGGGUAGCUGAUGUGACGGCGGCCUGGAAGGGCGUCCCGCCGCUCAGCCGUCUAUGGGCAGCACUGGCACAUAACCUGGCUCAUUUUGAAGCCGUCAGGCGGCCCGUCUCGCUGGCGGCGGGCGUGUUGGGCACGUCGUCAGACGCUGCCGGCGCCGCUGCUGCUGUCGGUAGCUGCAGCAGCCCCGGUGCGGGUGCGGUGACCGGACUACCGGCGGUGGAGGCGGCCCACUGGCGAGCCCUGGCAGCGCUGGCAAUGAUGGCGGUGUGCGGCGGCGCCAGGCAGCCCAAUCCACAGCUGCAGCCGCUGCUGGCCUCAUUCCACAACCAGCUCCGCUGGCUGUUGUGCGACCUGCCAACCCUCCUAGGGGCUCAGGCCCCGCCACCACCGCUAGCGACGAUGAUGAAACCUUCACAAGAGUCGGCACCCGCGAGCACAGGCGGUGUGGCAACUGCUGGAGCCGGAGGGAUUGAGGAAAGGCCUUUGGCGGCGGCCACAGCGCCGCCGCCGCCGCCGGCCGCCCUGGACCUGACCUGCAGCUUCUUGCCGCCGUACCUCCCGGAGGUGGUGAUCCCGCGGCUGGCGGCGACGCUUGCUGGCGGUGAUGCGCCCAGCCUCCGCACCCGUGGCGCUCAGUCGCACACCUCCGCCUACGUGGCGGCAUUGAGCUGGCGGCGGCUUGCGGGUGUGGACGAGCUGGUAGGGGACCCGCUGCUGCUGGUGCUGGAGCUCCUGGCGGGUAGGGAGCGGCAUCAAGUUACCAAAUUGGGACUCUCCGGCCUGGCGGGGGCCUCACUGCCAGUUCCGGUGCCCCCCGAGGAGGGCGGUCGGCGCCCGCGCCGGGGGGAGGAGCCCACGGGGGCAGCGAGUGGGGCACCAUCGGGUGGUGGUGGCGGAGCCAGGGCCGGCAAUGGUGGGUGUGCCUCAGCCGAGUCCUCCCCCCAGGCGUGGCUGCCCAGGAGCCCGUCGCAGCUGCUGCGAGCUGUGCUGCAACUUGUCUGGCCCAUCCAGGUGGUCCAGGCGGCCCUGUGGGGUGCGGCGACAGCGGCCGGCCCGGGUUCGUGUGCGGCUGCUGGGGCGCAGCCCGCUUCCGCAUUCCCUACCUCGCCCCCACGGGAACCGGAACCACCAACACCGCCACCCCUGCUGGAGCCGGAGGAGCGCCGGCAGCCGUCCUUGGCUGGCAGCCGCCUGCUUGGGCUGUACCACCUGGCACUUGGAGAGGUCACACAUCAGGAACCGCAACCGCAGCCGCGGGAGCCGCAGGGCACCGGCUCUGCUGGCAGUCGCGGCAGCGGCAGGGGCGGUGGUGGCCGUCCUGGCCUGGCGCUGGGCAGUCUGAGCGCCGCCCUGCUGCCCUUCCUGGUCCGUGUGUACGCCCUGGACUGCGCACUCCGGGGGGAGAGCCCGGACCCCGAGCUCAUGGCCGCGUACUCCUCCCUACCCCUCCCGUCGCCUGGGAGGGGUACGAGCCGCUCCCAUGCACGGCACCGCCGUCAUGACCUGCGGCAGCAAGCAACCGACCCGCACCAACACCAACAUUCACGGCAACCGCACGGUCGAGGACAUCGUGUGAAGGAGCCUGAUGGUGGACCCCAAGCACUGGCGCCUGGCGCGGGCGCGGUGGCGACUACGCUGGACACCGACAUUACUGAUGCUGCUGCUAUUGCUGGUGCUGGUGAUGGUGAUGGUCGCGCGCCAGAGGACACUGGAAUCUCAUUGGCCCAGGGCUCAGCAUCAGCAGCCGGUAUUCGCACCGACGUAACGAGAGAGGGGGUGGUGUUGGAGACGGGGCCAGCUGGAGAGGCCGAGACUGCAGCGGCUGCAGCGGAGGUGAAGGCCGAGGAGCUGCACGCGGCGGCGCGUGUGGUUGACCUUGCGAACCGCCUGUCGGGGGCUCUGGGUCUCAGUGAUGCCGCCAACGCUCUGCGGGAGCCGCUGCUCCUGAGCCGCCGCCGCGCUGCGGAAGCCAUGCUGGCGGCGGCGGCGGUGGCAUCAGAAGCGACUGCAACGGCUGCUUAUGGACCCGAUCACCAUUUCGCACCGGAGCCACAAUGCAUGAACCAUACGGAUUCGAGUACGACCUUGGAUCUGAAUCUUGACGAGCACAUUUUGGCAUGUAUCCUGUCCAGGUGGUGUGGCCCGAGGGCCCUGGCUCUGACGUCGGCGUCGGCGGUCGGUUCAGCGGUAGAGGUGCAGCACUCCUCGUCCCUAGAGCCUCAUUGGGCGGCAGUGGAGGCUGCGGGUGAGGGCCCGGAGGCGGGUACUCCGACUGCAGGUGCCGAUGCCGCCCUACCCAGGCCCCAGUCGCAACCUCGUCCUCAUCCUCGGCGCCCGCCGGCUGGCCAGGUGCUGCCGUGGUUCCGUGGACUACCGCCUCCGCCGUCACUGAUUCCUCUGCCGCACCUCUUCCAGAGCCUCUUCCUGCAUUUCGCCGACGCUCACUGCUCCGGGUGCGGCGCCAAGCCCGACAACCCGGCGCUGUGCCUCCUGACCGGCCGCUUCGUGUGCAACCUGUGGCGGGGCUGUGGGGACCUGCGCGGCGGGGCGUCCGGGAGCAGAGGCGGGGGUGUGGGAGGCGGUCUGCUGCACACCCGGGAGCACUGCGGGGGUUCCUGUCUGCUGCUAAGCCUGCGCUCCACCCGGGUGGUGGCGCUGCGGGGUAACCGACUGGCCCUGUGCCAGUCACCCUAUCUGGAUGCGCACGGCGACGAGGAUCCCGACCUGCGGCGCGGCCGGCCGCUGUACCUGGACUCCGCCUGUUACCAGCAGCUGGCCCGACUGUGGGGCUCCGCAGCACUGGAGUUCGACACACAGCUGCUGCACAACUCCCGGGCGGACCCGUCCAUUGAGAGGCACUCAGCAGACGCCGCGACAAGCACGGCAACUGCCGCGGGCAGCACCAGUCGAAGGAAAGUGUUGGGAAGGGCAUCAUGCGACGGGUCCGACACAUAA